GAAAACGGACCAAUCACAGACAGCCGAAGCGCUGAUGCGGAAGCGUGCAACGCGGAAGUAAUAUUCUGAUUUAUUUUUUUGUCGCACGCAUUUGAACUUUGAGCGUUUCUUAUUUAUUUAGUUUUAAUAAAAAGUAAUACAGGUGUUACACGCCCAGACGUUGCCGUUACCGGAUAGUCCAGACAGAGGAGCGUGUAGGUUUGAAGGCAAUGUGGUCCAGCGGAGAAGCGGUGUUCGGGGCCGCGGAGACGCCGCUGCUCUGGCUCGGCGCUCUGACCGCGGCCUGGCUGACCGUGUGCACCGCGUACCGGCUGCUGUCCGGGAUCCGGGUGUGGGUGCUGGGCAACGGACGGCUCGUGUCACCCACGGAACUGGGGAAAUGGGCAGUUGUGACCGGAGCCACAGACGGGAUCGGGAAAGCUUACGCGGAGGAGCUCGCCCGCAGAGGCUUCGCCAUCGUGCUGAUCAGCCGCUCUCAGGAGAAGCUGGAUGACGUAUCAAAGGCGAUCUCGAGCAAAUGCGGCGUGGAGACCAAAACGAUCGCGGCGGACUUCAGCGGCGUCGACAUCUACUCGAAGAUCGAAGACGGGCUGGCAGGACUGGAGAUCGGAGUGUUGGUGAACAACGUUGGGAUAUCGUAUUCGUACCCCGAGUUCUUCCUCAACGUCCCCAAUCUCGACACGUUCAUCGACACCAUGGUCAACAUCAACGUGACGUCCGUGUGCCAGAUGACGCGUCUCGUUUUACCUCGAAUGGUGGAAAGGAAGAGGGGGGCCAUCCUCAACAUCUCGUCUGCCAGCGGGAUGUACCCCGUUCCCCUCCUCACCGUCUACUCCGCCUCCAAGGCAUUUGUGGACUUCUUUUCCCGAGGACUGCAAGCCGAAUACAAAAGCAAAGGCGUCAUCGUCCAGAGCGUUCUGCCGUUUUUCGUCGUGACCAAGCUGAGUAAGAUCCGCCGCGCCACGCUGGACAAGCCGAGUCCGGAGCGCUACGUGUCAGCCGAGCUCAACACGGUGGGCUUACAGACCCAGACCAACGGCUACCUUCCCCACGCCGUCAUGGGCUGGGUGACCACGGCGCUGCUGCCCGCCAGGCUCCUCAACAGCCACGUGAUGGGGGUGGGGUUGUCCCAGCGCGCUCGUUACCUUAAGAAGCAGAAGCAGGGUUAGGCGGAGCUGCUCGGGCCGGGGGGGGGCCAGGGGGGGGUCGAGGGGCGGACCAGCUGUGUUGAUAACUCCCCCCUCCCCCGACUCGCCGCCAUCGUGGGACCACGGAAGAGAAGAUGUGACAGUUUCUGGGCAACGCCUCCCCGCGAUAACUCCCAGUCCUCCUCCGACGGCUCGAGGCCGCAUCUGUGUGUUCAAUCUGUUGCAGUUGUGUGAAAAGAAACGUGGCGCUCCGUCGAGUGAUCGGCUUUUUAAUGAUUGGAGCGCUAAUGCUAAUGCGGAUACCCGAGAAAAAUAAAAUAAAAAAGAUUCCCCAAACCACCCAUCUGUCUGCGAAACAGGGAAAUGGGAAAAAUUAAGCCGAAAUGAUGUCGUUGGAGACCUCUGGGUGUUUGUGUGUGUGUGUGUGUGUGUGUGUGUGUGUGACCAGCUUCUUAGCUCUGUUGGCUCGCUUAAAGCCGUUUAGGAGAACACUGGAGGUGGUACUUACUCGCCGGUGCAGCUUUCCGCAGCACUUAAUGUUUUAUUAAGAUUUAAAAGGCUGAAAUGGGAUUUUUAGCUCGCUUUUCUUUUUUUUUCUUCUUUUUUUUCAAAUAUCAGAAGUUUCUUCUUGAGCAUAAAAUUCAUUAAAGCGUUGCUUUUUUUUCUUCUUCUCGUCUUAACAUUUUCUCGAAGGUAUUGCUGGGAGGUGUGUGGUGGUGGGGGGGGGGGGGGGGUUAAGGGGGGCUGCGUGUUUAAUUUAACCAAACUACAUUUCAUCCGUGUGACGUUUAAAGUGGAGGCGCUCUGGACGUGGACGACCAGCACAGACGGAGAGCUUUUUGCAGGAAUAUGACAAUUAUGAGUUUCAUCCUUUUUACAAACGCAGUCGUCGUUUGUCUCUCUUUUUAAAAGUUCCACCGCAACAACGACGUUUACCUUUUUUUUUUUUUUUUUUAAAUGUUUUGAUUUACUAAAACUGUUAAAACCCGACCCAAUGCACAGACGGGACCAGCCAAUGAGCAAGUGUUCAUGUAGUGUGUGUGUGUGUGUGUGUGUGUGUGUGUGUGUGUGUUCAUUGAGUAGAAGUCCCGUUGCAUCGAUGUCUCUGGGCUGAGAUUUAAGUCGUAUUGUAUCGGCCCCCGACGGGCGACUUGUACUCUUUCGCCGCAGCAUCAGGGGACCGACUCGUGUCCAAAGUGCUUUACUCGCUCCCGAUACCUGCGGUGCUCGUCGUCGUUGUUGUUGUUGUUGUUGUUGUUGUUGUUGUGGGGCCAAAAAGCCGAGCAAACCAGAACACCCGGGAAAGCUGAAUUGCAUUUCUGUUCUCAAAUAAACAUCGAUUCUAAUAACCUCA